AUGGAUUCUGUAACACCCUUGUUGGCUAUACAAAAAGCCUACCACAAAAAUGCUAGUGACUUUUAUCUUGGGAAACAAGAACUGCAGGCGAGCCUGAAAGUUUCCUCUAAAAUCUUUACUAACAACGUAUCAGUAGUUGUCGGGAUCGUGUACAAGGAUCUCCAUGAAGUAUUGUUUACAGAUCAACCCUUCAGAACUGUAACGGGCACCACAAGAGGGUAUUUGGACUCCUGGAUAACUGCCGUGGCUUUACAUCCAAAACCAGAAAAAUUACAAGAGAAUGUCAUCUUAAGGUUCAGAAAUCUGAAGAUUCGUGAAGGAGAGAAGAAAUGCAUGUUUUGGAGUGACUUAAGUGAAAGUUCAGGCGGAUUUUCAAAGACUGGAUGUUACUUAGUUACUUCGAAAAGUAACUCAGAAGAAACAGUUUGCAGCUGCAAUCAUUUGACUCAUUUUGCUGUCUUACUUGACUACAACGGUAGCCCAGGGCUCACAGAGGAAGACGAAACUAUUUUGGAAAUUAUCACCUACGUGGGACUGAGUCUUUCCAUCUUCGCGAUUCUUUUGACAAUUAUUCUAUAUUCCUACCUCACAGACGUAUGGCAACCUUUGACUCAAAUACGACCGAGUCUUUCUGUGUCCCUUGGAGCUGGACAAAUAAUCUUUCUCACCGGCAUAAACGCCACGGAAAAUACGGCUCUCUGCAACUCGUCUGUUGAAAGCCCUAAAGCCUUUAGGGUCAUGCAAAGACCUAGUUCUUUGAGCGUAUGGCUACAGUACUAA